CUUUCGUUACCCAUUCCAAAGGCUCGAAGUGUAAAUCAUGCCGAUAAAUCAGACGGUUACCACAACCGAGUUCGCUCGUGUGGGAACCGACGAGCCACACAAGAGCCGUCGCAAGGAGAUCCUCACCAAGUACCCAGAAAUCAAGGAGCUCUACGGCCCUGACAUUCGCUUGCUUCCUUCCAUUCUCGCCAUUGCGGCAGCACAGUUGUGUUUGUGCGUGUAUUCCACGCAGCUAGUUUGGUAUAAAUGGAUCGUGUUGGCCUAUAGUGCGGGCGGAACCCUCACUCAUUGGCUAAGUCUAGGGAACCACGAGUUGGCGCACAACUUGUGCUUCAAAACCACCCGUUAUAACGAAGUUCUUGGGAUGAUUGCUAACUGUGCUCAAGGAUUGCCUUCCUUUGUGACGUUUCGCAAGUAUCAUCUCGAUCAUCACUAUUUUCAAGGCAUCGACGAGAAGGACGUCGAUGUCCCUACAGAAUGGGAAGGCAAGAUUUUCAACACGACCUUUCGCAAGAUUAUCUGGGUCUUUUUGCAACCACUUUUUUACGCGAUUCGACCCCUUGUGGUUCGACCCAAGCCUCCCACUAUUCACGAAGCCAUCAACGCUGCCACCACCAUUGGGUUUGAUCUAUUCCUCUGGUACCAGUACGGCCUGAAAGCCCUAUUAUUCAAUCUUUGUUCCACCUUGUUAGGCAUGGGUCUCCACCCUGUAGCCGGUCACUUUAUUGCCGAACACUACACGCUUGCCACUGGCCAGGAAACCUACUCUUACUACGGACCUCUCAAUCUCGUCACCUUCAACGUUGGCUACCAUAAUGAGCAUCACGAUUUCCCACGCGUCUCAGGUUUCCGGCUUCCCCAAGUCAAAGCCAUUGCGCCGGAGUUUUACGACAAUUUGCACAGCUACGAGUCGUGGACGGGUGUCAUUUACGACUACAUUGUGCGACCCGAUAUUGGGCCCUUUUCUCGAGUCAAGCGUCCCGAUCCUACCGCAAAUCGAUAG